AUGCCCCGGCCAGGCAAGAACUCUUAUAGUGACCAGAAGCCCCCUUACUCUUAUAUCUCCCUGACAGCCAUGGCCAUUCAGAACUCGUCCGAGAAGAUGCUUCCCCUCAGUGACAUCUACAAAUUCAUCAUGGACCGCUUCCCGUACUACCGGGAGAACACGCAGCGCUGGCAGAAUUCCCUCCGCCACAACCUCUCCUUCAACGACUGCUUCAUCAAGAUCCCACGCCGGCCCGAUCAGCCAGGCAAGGGCAGCUUCUGGGCCCUGCACCCGGACUGCGGAGACAUGUUUGAGAACGGCAGUUUCCUGCGCCGACGCAAGCGCUUCAAGGUGCUGCGCGCGGAGCAGGUGGCCUGCAAGGGCGCUCCCAUCCUGCACUCCUACCACCCGCACGUCCAGCACCACCCGCACCACCCGCACCAUGUCCAUCAUCAUCCUGCCAAGCUGGCCGUGGGCCACCCGGACUACCUGAGCACCGUGGGGCGUCUCUCCCACUUCCAGAGCUACGCCCUGGGUGGGGGGCAGGGUGGAGGCUUUAAACACCCUUUUGCCAUUGAGAGCCUGAUUGGCCGUGAUUACAAGGGUGUGAUGUCGGGUGGGCUGCCCAUCGCCUCCGUAAUGCAUCACCUGGGCUACCCGGUGCCUGCCCAGCUUGGCGGCAUGGUCAACUCCAUGUGGCCACAUGUGGGCAUGCUGUCAGAAUCUGUGCCCGUCUCAUCCGAGUACCCGCCUUUCGGAGUGGCGGUGAAGGGGCUCUACAACCAUGCAGUCGGCCCUAACAUGCCCGCCAUGCCCGUGCCCAUCAAGCCGACCCCGACACUGGGCACCGUGUCCUCGCUGACGAGCUUACCGCCUGGAGCGGCGCAGCUCUGUGCCCGCACACCGUCACUGAUGGACAGAGAGGUAGCAGAUUUGACAGAGGACAAGACUGAAGCCAUGCAUUCCGUUCUACUGCAGACUUAA